CCCACCAACCCCCACCACCCACCAUGCCACCCUCCCUCAUGUCCGACUCGGGCUCAAGCACAGCCACCACAACACCAGCCGCCUCGACGCCCGCGUCCGUGGCCGACUCGACAAGCUCCAAGCCGGGCCUGUCGGCAUGGCGCGCACAGCGGAAAUCCCAGCGCGCAGAGGGCAUCUACGCCGGAACAACGCCCAUCACGACCUCGCGCGACGUCGAAGCCGCCCUCGGCAGCAUACAUGCCCAGGACCCAGCGUACGCCGCGUCCGUGCUCUCCGCGUACGUGGACGCGAAGCGCGCAAAGGGCGCCACGAGGGCGGAUAUCUCGCAGAAGCUGCACCUGUUGGAGAGGCGGAUGCCCCAGUUUGCACCAUCCUCCCUUGUUGUCCGCCGCCAGCAAGGCCUCCGCAUCACGCCCGAACUCGAAGCGCUCGCGGGCGUGACCGAGGGGGAGGGGGAGGGCGAGCCGCGCCGAGAUGGGCGUGUGCGCCGGCUCGUCGGCUCGCGCGAGGGGGACAGCGAGUGGAUCGAGCUUGACGACAACAACUAG